AUGAGUUUUUGUUUUCCACCUUUCAAGCCUACCACUGGAUAUCCACUUGAACGUAAAGUGAUCGAUGGGUCAGGCCGAUUAGGCUCUCUCUAUGAUGCUUCAACCGAUAAUUUAAUUGAUCGACAUUCGUGCCAAAGAAGUGCAAGAAAAACACCAAAUAAAAAGUUUAUAUGUUCGCUGUUUUCAGGUGACCAAUCGAGAGAAGUCUCUAGUGUUCUCAGAAACAUCGGAUUUGACCCUGCAAUCCGUCUUAGCAUCGGUCUUGGAAUGGUUACAACAUCGGGUAUCAGCCGUGUUAUUGACUAUAAUCAACAAAUUAAUGGCGAUACUCGUUUUCUAUACUAUUGUUUUAAAGCUAGAAAAGAAAAAUUAAACAUUGAGGCUCGAAAAGCAGACAAAAUUGUUGCACCACCAUUAAGUCCAACCAAUGCCACUCAUAUGAUAACAAAUAUUUUAUGGGGUAUUGAAUUUUUAUGUAUUAUACAAAUUCCAAAAAAUCAAUCUACUAACGCGAUUGAUCAAUUACUUCAGUAUAUAUGUAACCAACUUAAAAAUGAUCGGAACCCAAUUCAACUCAACAAGAAUGAGCUGCAUCUUAUCAAUCAAUUAAAUAAUAUUACUGUAUUUGGAUCGGAGACGUGUGUCGGCGGACGAGAUUCAUCAAUAUUGAAUAUUCUCAAUAGAAUACAAGACUGGCAAAGAAACGAUAACUUUCAUGAGCCACUUUUAUAUACGAUGCAACCGCUCCGGUGGCUUUAUGCAGGCCCGCAAUUUUCAUUAAUACGUUUUAAUUCUAAUAUUACUAAUAAUGCGGAAGCUUUCAGAGUUGACACGAGGAUCAGUUAUAUAAACAAGAUGCUAAACGAUUUUGGAGACACUUUACAUAAUCUUCCUACAAAUUUUUCGAGUGUAACACUAAAUACUCGUUUAAAAGAUGCGCACCAAAAAUAUCGAUUUCUUUUGGAUUCACAAGAUAAUUUGAAAGAACGUCUUGGAAAAGCACUUGUAGAGGUUCACCGAGAACGUGCUAGGUUAUCAAUACUAGACAAUAUCCUUAAUGAUAAACGUUAUGAAUGUUUACGUAAAAAUGAACUCGAUGCAUUUCGAGAUAGUGUUCUAAGACGAUUAAUGAACAAGUUUAUCUUGAUCGAAAAAUUAAAAGCCGAUGGAAUUGAAAAUAUCCUAGCGUCUGAUUUAUGCCAGAAUCCAGGAACAACAAUCGAUGAUAUUGGUGCUAUACUUAAUCAUCGUUAUUCCCAUCAAAAUGUUUCGAUAAUUCUUUGGUAUUCAAGUGACCGUUUACUACGCGAACAAGAAGAUAAAUGGGAAGAAAUAUAUCGAGAAUUAACGUUGGAACGACAACGUGCAGUACCACGAGCACAUUUAGUCUAUGUUGAUUUUUCUUUUUUUGGACAAAUAUUAGAAACUUUUACCAUUGUAAGAUUACCGCUGGUAGGAAGACCGACUACUCAAGUGUAUCCUAUAGCAGUCAAAACAACAGGUUAG